CCAUCUCCAACGAGAAAAAAAAUGCCUACAGUCGUAAAAGAGGGAAAAGACACAAUAAUUUUUGCCUCGAAGGAAGAGCACUCGAGCCCCAGCAAAAUAAUACUCCCCGAGCCUGAACCCAGUCCUGGGCUUCUCUUACCCAACGGCGAGAUCAACUGGAACUGUCCAUGCCUUGGGGGAAUGGCCACGGGACCAUGUGGACUAGAGUUCAGAGAUGCAUUCUCAUGUUUUCAUUAUUCUUCAGCUGAACCCAAGGGAUCAGACUGCUAUGAUGCCUUCAAGACGAUGCAGUCGUGCAUGGCUGAGUAUCCAGCCCUCUACGGGAGCAAAGAGGCUGAUCUAGAGGACCUGGAGCAGGACGACAUCAGCUCCAUCAGCCAGAGGGAGGACAAGGUCGAGGAAGAGCCACAGGUGGAGAUACAGGGUCAGAUAGAGAAUAAAUAAAUAGAUUUACGUAGAUAAAUGAUUUUUGCUGUCUGGGAUGGGCUCUGGGGAUCUAUUGUUUCUCCAAUAGUCUUUAAUUAUUCGGGAUUGAAUAAUUAUUUAGGGAAAAAUGAAGGAAAAUCCCUUUUGUCUCAUUCAAUUUAUUUAAAUGGAGAUGGGCAGUUAUUGUAAUUACAUAAAUUUAUGUAAAAUAAAGGCGUUUUGAAGUAAA